GCCAGAGAGGAAGCGGCGCUCACCAACAGCUCCGUGCGCACCGCGUCCGCGCUGGGAGUCGCGCGCUCCAUGGACAACUCCGCCGCGUCCAGCGCCACAAACUUGAUGCACUCGCGCUCAUCCAGCUCCUUCACAUUUUCCCUCUUGAUGUCAUUUGCUGCUGUGACUUCUCCGGCAGAAGAAGAAGACAUUUUUUUGUUCAAGCCUUCCCUGGUAAAGUCACUCCUCCCAGCUUGAUCGGAUUACCUCCUCGCCAUGCGAGCGCGAUCGGAUAUCUGACAGCAGCUGUAAGUAGAUACCUCUCUCCCCUUUUCCUUCCAACGUGACUUUUACUCUGCGGGGACUGGGGCUGGAAGGAGACACACUGGGGUCUAUCUGCAGGAGAGCCACGCCAUUGGCCCGCCGGUGGACCCACAAGGGAGGAGCAAGCCGAUUCAGACAUGAGUGUUUGAAGUGACUUCCAGUAUAUUCCCGUACCUCACCUGUGCAAGCAGAGCUGCUGUUGCUGCUGCUGCUGCUUCUUGUUGUUGUUGAAGAUUCUCUCCGGUGUUUCUCUCCGUCAGUCAUGGACGACCAAGGCUGCCCGAGAUGCAAAACAACCAAGUACAGGAACCCGUCGCUGAAGCUGAUGGUGAACGUGUGCGGCCACACGCUAUGCGAGAACUGCGUGGAGAUGCUCUUCGUUCGCGGCUCGGGCAACUGCGUGCAGUGCGACACGCCCCUCCGGAAGUGCAACUUCCGCGUGCAGCUCUUCGAGGACCCGACUGUAGAUAAGGAGGUGGAGAUCCGCAAGAAGGUGCUGAAGAUAUACAACAAGAAGGAUUUUGACUUCCCCAGCCUGAGAGAGUAUAACGACUACCUGGAGCAAGUGGAGGACAUGGUGUAUAACCUGACAAACAACGUUGAUGUUGAGAACACCAAGCUGAGGAUGGAGCAGUACCAGCGGGAGAACAGAGACCUGAUCCAGAGGAAUAAGGCUACACUUACCCGAGAGCAGGAAGAGCUGGAGGAGCUGCUCUUGAUGGAGCAGCAGGGCAAUGAGCAGAGGAGGCUGGAUCUGCUGCAGGAGGAGCAGAGGCAGUUGCAGGCCAAGAGGAAGAACAAGCAGGCUCUGCUGGAUGAACUGGAGCAGUCUCAGGUUCCUGCCACCAUCUUGCUGGCCAAACACAAGGUCCGCGCCGCCCAGCUGGAGACCCAGAUUGAACAGCAGAAGCAGACGGUCAAACCUACGACUCUAUUUUCUACUGGAAUCCAUUUGCGGCAGACGGUGUCUCUCCUACCUGUGCCCAAGAUAGAGGAAGUCCUGUACCACUACAAGCCUCUCCAUGUUGAAACCUAUGGACCACCAGUGCCUGAGUUGGAGCAGCUGAGCAGAGUCGGGUAUCUGAACCACGUGCGUGCCGCCAUGCCUCAGGACACAGCUGGAGGAUACUCCUCGGCGUUGGCGUGUCAUCGGGCCAUUCAGGAUGCUUUCAGCGGGCUGUUUCCUCUGAAAGGCUAACAGUAGCUACUAGGUAGAAAGGGACUAUAAAUACUGCGCUGCUACGACUUUGAAGAGCUGCUGUGGUGGGUAGACGUGUUUGUUUUUUUGCUAAUGUAUAUAAGUUUUUAUAUUUUGUGUUAAUUUUAUAUUGAAAUAAACCACAGGUUGAAAACAGUA